GGCAAGACAGGUGGCAAGACUGGCGGCAAAGGCGACUCUCAUGCAAAGACAACUAAGUCGCACUCCGCAAAGGCUGGUUUACAGUUCCCCUGCGGUCGCAUAAAGCGUCACCUCCGAACCAUCACCCGUCAAAAGACGCGCAUCGGCGCGAAGGCCUCCAUCUACCUCACGGCUGUGCUGGAAUACCUCACCGCCGAAGUCCUUGAGCUUGCCGGCAACGCUGCCAAGGAUCUCAAAGUUAAGCGCAUCACGCCUCGUCAUCUCCAACUCGCGAUUCGCGGUGACGAAGAACUGGAUACCCUGAUUCGCGCCACCAUCGCUUUCGGAGGUGUCCUUCCCCACAUCAACCGCGCCCUGUUGCUGAAAGUGGAGCAAAAGAAGAAGGGAAAGCUUCCUGAGGCCUAA